GUGAAGUGUGGGCGAACUGACCCAAGUGCUGCCGAACGUCCUUCGGUGGCUUGUCGUCGGUCGGGUAGGGACCGACCGUGUUUGGUAAUAGUCGGCGUCUUCGGUACUUGUCGAGCGCUGUUCGGUAUCUCCCCAAAGCUUCACGAAUACCUCCCUCGGACCCUAGCGCGGGUGCAUGCUCAUCAUCUCCUCCCUACUGAAAUCCUGACUGUCCUCAGUCAGUGGUCGUCGGCUAUGAGUCGGAGCGGGAAAAAAAUGGUGUAG